AUGUCUUCGCGCGACCACAGUAAGGGGGGACAACCGCUGUCCAAACCAAUCUCUCUAUCUUUGUCCAGUUCAAAUGGUCCCCCGAAAAAGACUGGUUUCAACAUCCAAUCCUCAAAUCGUGGCCGUUCCACAAAUUCCCCAGCAAACGGCCGGUCACUGCCUCGGAGACCUCACCAGCUCGAUUACCACGAUGACUCUGACUCUGACGAGGCCCCUCCGGCCCACGAGGAAAUCUCAGGGUUCGACACUCUCACGGGUGCCGCCAUUACCGCAGAUGGACAGGCAGUUGAAGACACAAAUAAGCCACUGAUCAUUCCCGUUACGAGCAAGAACAACUGGCGCGACCGGGCGGGUGUUAAUGUGAAGAAAGGCAAGAAGAAUCUGCUGCCUAGCGAAGUGCAGGCUAUGCAGGAAGCGCAAAAGAACGGACAAGCAGCCCCCGGGGAGUCUACAGUGGAGACAUCUACACCCAGUAUGGCGUACGGGUUGAGCUUUGCACAGCAGUCCACAGACCAGGCAGAGAAAGGCGCGGUAGUGGACAAAGACCAGGCCAUGCCUGAUGCGAAACCCGUCGAGACCAAGCCCCUCACCGACGACCAGAUUGCCAUGCAAGCGCUGAUUCGCGAAACUACCGGCGAAGUGGAACGGAGAUCAGACCUUGUGAUUGAGUCUGCUAAGCAUAGAGAUGAAGAAGCACCAGUCCAAUACAACGAGCUCGGAUCUUUCCGAACAGAUGUGGCAUCCCGACCUGAUCCUGCUAAUUUGGACGCCUACAAUGCCAUCCCCGUUGAGGAAUUCGGUGCUGCGCUGCUACGAGGAAUGGGCUGGAAGGAUGGUCAAUCUAUUGGACGAGGCAACUACAGCAGUGCCACAGCUGCAGAGAAGGCGAAAAACCCUCGUGUCCCAGAACGACGACCUGUGUUCCUCGGUAUUGGUGCAAAGGAUUCAUCCGGCGGCAAAGGAGCGGAAGCUGAGUUCGGAGCUUGGGGAAAAGCGGCUAUGCGCAAGGCAUCGAGGAAGCAAGGGGAGGAUAACGACAAGGCUGAGGGUGUUUACAUGCCUAUCAUGAUGCGGAAUAAGAAAACUGGCGAGCAGCUCACCGAAGAGGAACUCGCUGCUCUACAAAAAGGAGGCCAAGUCUAA